UUGGCGCGCAUCGAAAAUCUUGGCAUAAAAAAAUUGGCGCGGGAAUUCUCACGCGCGUGUAUAAAUAACGGAUUUCUAGGGUUCCCUCCCCAGUUCCCCACUGCUCCUCUCCAUCUCCUCUGUCUCCCUCGAUCCGCGCCGCAGCUGCCCCCACUGCUCCGCCUCCACCGAAGCAGCGCCGCCAGCUUGACGCCCUCCCUCUCUUCUCCGUCCGUCCACCCCUCGCCGAACCAAGCUUGGAGUGUUGGGGGGACAUCGGGGAUGUUAAUCGGCGACCAAUCUUCGGCUGGAUCAAGUUAGAAACAGGUUUUGAUACUGAAGUGGGAGAGUGGUAUACUCUGUUUGAGUAUAACAUUUAUUUUCAGAAGAAACCACUUCUCCACAUGGCGGGGGCUGAAGUAGGUCAUGUGGUGUUGGAUAACAGCGAUACUGAAGUCUCAGAGGUUGUGGAAUGCGAUUCCACAGUUGUAGAAGUGCUGGAGAAGAGUGCCAGUAAAGAAUUUGGUUUGCAACUUCCCUUGGGAAACAAGGAAGACAUAGAAUCCCUCGGCACAGUUUGUGAUCUUGAGAAUAACGAGGGUAAUGCUGCUGAGGCAAUCACUCUGAACGUGGUUGCACUAGAAAUGUCCAUCUCUUGCAAGGCUCCAGAUGAAAGUAUUUCACUGGGUUGUCAAACACCAAGGGGAAACAUCUUUGACCCCUUCGCUCCAGGACCAGAGGAGGCGCUCUGUGGUGCGCCGAAGAAGAACGUGGUCAGGGGAGUAGAGACCCUCUCCCGCAGGAAGCUCAUUUUUGAAUCUGAUGACUUCCCAGUCAAGAGGUUAAGCUUUGAGUUUGAUGAUUCGGAGGAGGAAGAUCUGUAUCUCCAGGGGAUCUGCAAGAUGUUUCUUGAUCUGAUCAUCUCAAACCAAGCGCUGGAGGCAACCGGAGAUGGCGAGGCUGUUCUGAUAGACGCCAUCCCACCUGAAAGCUACAAGACCCCUGAAUCCAAGCCUCUGCUGACCGGCAUCGCAGACACCUGCCCGGACGCUCCUCUGCGGCCAUCUCUGAAGAUGAUCAAGCUCAGCCCAGGCAUCUGCCGGAAGCUCGACUUCGGUUCGGUCAGCCCCAAGACUCUUUUCGCUGAAGACAAUAAGAGCUGAGCCUGUUCCCAUCCUUUGGGAACAUGGUCUUGGUGCGGCAUCCUACAGAGGCAUGUCUGUCGUGGUAACUUUGCUAACUCUGAAGCUGUACAGAGCUAGCAGUGAUGGUUGAGUAGGAAGCAGCCUUGAUUAAGUUAUACAUGUAAAAUCUAUGUUUAGUUUUCCUUUAAUUUUAGCUAAGCCCAGUCUUACUGCCCUGAUGAUUGAUGUAGUAGUACCGGCACUUGUGCCUUGUGGGCUUUCGGCCUAGCGUUUUGUAAAUCUUGAAAAAUAGUUUGCUGUCUCUCUGUGCUUGCCUUGAACUGAAGCAGCUGUUGCAGAUUCA